AUGAGUCAAUCAGCGAUAAAUCUGAGACUAACAAAUCCCCCUCCCACCCCUAAAAUCACCCACCCCCCACCCAACCCCCCCCCCCCCCACCCACCACCCCCAACCACCACCCCACCCCACCAACCCCCACACACCCACACACCCACCACCCAACACACCCCACCCCACCACCACCCACCCCACCACACCCACACCCCACAACCACCCACCCACACACACCCACACACACCACACACCACCCCCUACACCCCCACCCCCCCACCCCCACCACCACCCACCCACACACCACCCCCCCCACCACCACCCCCACACCCCCCACACCCCCACAACCCACCCCCCCCCAACACACCCACCACCCCACCACCCACACCCCACCCCCCACCACAACCCAACCCCCCACCCACACCCCCCAACACCCAACCACACACCCACCACAAACCACACCCACACACCACAACCUACCCAACCACCCCCCAACCCACCCAACCCCACCCCACACCCAACAACCCCACCCCACACCACCCUCACACACCCACCACCAACAUACAACCUCACCAAAACACACAUACCCCCCCCACCCCAUACCCAUAA